AUGGAACCUCUCGUGGAAAACCUCAAGAAACAACUCACAUGUUCAAUUUGUCUCGAGACCUACACAGACCCGAAAAUAAUAUCGUGCUUACACACUUUUUGCUGCAAGUGUUUAGAGAAACAUGCCAGAAAAAACCACAGACAAGGCAAAUUCAGAUGCCCUGAAUGUCAGGCAGAAAUCGAUUUACCAGAAGGCAAUCACUUUGACCGUUUGCAAACCAGCUUCAUCCAUAAUAGUUUGUUAGGUCUCCUUGAAACGGAAGAUCGCGAGGCAUUGCUGAAGCCGCCAUUUUGCUCGCAACACAAGAACGAAAGACUGCGAUAUUUCUGCUCUACCUGCGAAGCGUGUAUUUGUCCUGUUUGCUUAGCCAAAAACCACCGACGCCAUGAGUUCGACGUUAUUGAAAAGGCAGCGGAGGAGGAUACGAAAUUCAUCAUGUUGAACGUCCAGACCAUCAAGGAAAAGGCAAACUUCUUACAAGAAGAGAUAAGAAAAUUUGAGAAAACCUCUAAGGAUGUGGAAACGAUUAUCGCAAUCGCUAAACAAGACGUGUCUGAGGCAGCUGAACACGUGAUCACAAAGACGCGACAGCAAGAAAAACAGCUCUUAGAGUCCUUAGAAAUGACGCGUAGAAAGAGAAUAGAGAAAAUUAACUCGGCUAAACAAGAACUGGAAUCGCUGGUAAAACAAAUACACCAAGCGGCUCAGUUUGCGGAAAAUCUCGUGCAGAGAAGCCGAGACUGGGAUAUUAUAAAGACCAAGACAACUUUGAAGCAGAAAUUUCAAGAGCUUUGUGGAGUUGAGAUUUCAAGGCAACAUCCAACAACAUUUGUCAAAUUUACCGCGGCAUCGCAACAAGACUUGAAACUGGGUUUUAUUCAACUCACCGAGAAACCGGCAAAAGCAGCUACAUCAACUGUAGAAGGACUGGAUCAAACUUUCCAGGCUGGUGUAGAAGCAGAGUUUACGUUAUGUCCAAAAACAGCAGAAGGAGAGAUUUGUAACCAGGCCGAUCUUAACGAUCAAGUUGAAUUGCUGAUAAAACCCACCAAAGAUGUCACAAACGUGAGCGUUGAAGAAAAAGGGGAAGGCAAUCUUAGGCUGAAGUUUACACCUGAAGUGCCUGGCGCCUACGACGUUGAAGUGAAGAUUAAUGGCGAAAAUCUUCCGACCUCUCCGUUCACUAUACCAGUGGAAGAACAUCAACUUGUUGUAGUCGGUGAAUUAGACUUGAAGUUCAACCAAGGGCAAGGGUUCAAGGGACCAAUUGGAAUCGCCAUAAAUAAGCAAGGCGACAUAGCUGUUGCAGAUUAUGAUGGACACUGUGUUUUUGUAUUCAAUAAAGAAGGGAAAUGUUUGGAACAAUUUGGAGAGAAAGGAAAACAUCCUGGACAAUUCACAAAUCCAGUUGAUGUAACAUUUUUAAACGACAAAGAAAUUCUUAUUGCAGAUCAAUUCAAUAAUAGAAUACAGCACAUAAAUAUCCAGACAGAAGUUGUUGUAAAAACCUUUGGAAAAAAAGGUGAGGGAAAAGGAGACUUUGAAACCCCACUUAGUGUUUGUGUUGACGAUACAGAACGUAUUGUUGUCACUGAAUACGAUAACAAUAGAGUUCAAGUAAUGUCAAAAGAGGGCGAAGCUCUAUUCACAGUAGGAGACAGUGGUCCAGAGAAACUCAGCACACCAUACAGCUGCAUUCCUUACAAAAAAAUUUUCCUGGUAACUGAAAGAGACAAUCAUGUCAUAAAAGCAUUUGAUGCGUCAAACACUUUCCUGUACAAGUUUGGCGAAAAAGGGAAUCAAGACGGACAGUUCAACUCACCCCGUGGCAUGUGUUUAGACGGCUCCAAAAACCUUCUUGUUUGUGACUCAGACAAUAACAGAGUUCAGCGAUUUUCUUUGGACGGUCGCUUUCGCGGCAAAACUACCGUUCCUUUACAAAGUCCACUGCACAUUGUAACAGCGCCAGAUGGACGUAUACUAGUCACAAGCCUUAAAGCUAAGAAAAUAUACAUACUGAAGUGAAUGUGUUACUAUUCUACGAAUCAUUCAAAUGCUGAAUGCCAGAGAAAAUUAAAAUCGAAUUAUUUUUAUAAGGAAAAAUUUCGCAAGUGGCAGAAACACUCAACGGUGUAAAUGCAUCGUUAGCCCGCGAAUACAGAAACCAGGGGUAGAGGGGUAAGCACAGAAUUGACUAAUACACCAUGAGCAGUCAGACAUAUAGGAAAAUUAUCUUCAGAAAAGGAAACUUGAACGAGUCUAAGAUAGAUUUAACUUUUCUUCGUGACGUCUGCCUUUCACUUUCUUUUAUUUCGGGAAGACACAGCCAUUAUUAGGGCAAAGAACUACCAUAGAGACAUAAUCAAUAGGAACAGCACACUCCUGUGCCUUGCAUAAAGGGUUUUUAAGUAGUUAGGUAAAAAUAUUUUAUGGCUUGCUCUAAUGUUAUGUGAUUGGACGUGGCAGAAAGAGCAACGCCAAGUGGCUUCACCCUUUAACUUCAAAGAUCCAAUAUGUAAAUCUCCCCACUGACUGCCAUACAAUUAACAAGAGAAUUUGGCAUUACAUCAGAAUAAUACCCUCAGCUGAUAAGUUUGUCUUUUCUCAUAACCUCUCUACAAGAUAACAUAUUGGAAUCAUAAGGAGAAUUUACAUGUUAAUCACCUCUUGGAGUUAAAGGGUGAAGCCACUGGAAUUGAGGUCCAGAGUUCCCAGGUCCUAACCAUCCACUCCAUGAGAUUUGUUUCCCAGAAGUCUUAACCCUUUAAAUCCCAGAUCAAAUUUGUAAUUCUCCUUACUGAAAACCAUACAAUUCUU